AUGUACAGCGGAAACAACGUCUAUAAUAGGCAAGAUGGGCGUUGCCAAAUAGAACAAACUUUGCUUGGCUCUGGCUCUGUGUUGUUUCAAAGACUGGAAGAUGAUCGACAAAGAUGA